GUUAAGCUGGCUGUUGUUUCUUUUGUUUUUGCCCCACCCUCCAAGGGAAGCGUGACUACUAAUUAUGCAGCUCUCUGGCCGGCUCUAGCUGAUAUAAAAAUUCAAUGAAGAUGGAUGCCGCAAAGAUUAUUGCAGAUGAGCUGAACCGUGGCAUUUACACCGGAAAUGUUUUGAAGUACUUGUUCGACAAGACGGAUGCUUAUGAACAAGCGCUCACUGAUUCACAAGGCAAUCUGAGCAACGAUGAAAGCGGCAUAAUAAGACUGUAUAAUAUCCCUAAUCUACAACUGAGCGAAGAUGAAGACGAGGAAGAAUGUAUUGGACUGGCGUCAGACGAGUUGGACCGUAGGAUAUCAGAGGCUAUAUCGAUAGUAACAUUUGAUGGGGAUAAAGACAGAGAAAGUGUGCCCGAAUUACGUAUUUCAUUGGAGGCAAUGAGAUCUGCAAGAAUGCUUUUGUUUCUUAUGGGAGUUUGCAGAAACUGAGGAGAACGAAGUAAUGAAUGAAGAUGAAGAGAAAAAUCAUGUCAAAACUGGAGAAAAAACUAUGAGUUGGUCUCCAACCAAAAUGAAAGAUUUACAGAAAAGAGGAGCCAAGAAAUCUUUCACCUGCACUCAGUGUGGAAGGAGCUUGACAAGCAAAUAUAGUCUUGAACGUCACAUGAGAAUUCAUACUGGAGAAAAACCUUUCACUUGUGAUCAGUGUGAAAUGAGUUUCACACAAUCAGCACACCUUAAGAAGCACAUGAACAUCCACACUGGAGAGAAACAAUACCCAUGUGAUCAAUGUGAUAAAACAUUUUUGAGCACUUCCGUCCUCAAGGAUCACAUGAAAGGUCAUACAAAGGAGAAGCCUUAUUCAUGUUAUUUGUGUGGAAAAAGUUUUUUACGUUUUUCAGUUUUGAAAGAACAUCAGAAAAUACAUACUAGUAUGAAAGAGUACAUGUGCUUUCAGUGUGAAAAGACUUUUACUUCAGCAAAGUGUUUAAAACUGCAUGAGAGGAUCCACUCUGGAGAAAAACCUAAUAAGUGUUCACACUGUGACGAGAGAUUCAGUGACUCAGCAAAUCUGAAAAAACAUGAGAGGAGCCACACUGGAGAGAAACCAUAUCACUGCACUUCAUGUGGGAAGCGUUUCAAUAAUUCAUCUGCUCUUCACAGUCAUACAAAAAGAAAUCACAAGUUGAUUGAAGAAAUUGGGAAGAAUGAAGAAUCGGGUGAAGCUGAGGAAAAAAAUCAUGUGAAAACUGGAGAAAAACUUUUGAGCUCACAAACCAAACUGAAAGAUUUAAAGAAAAGAAUGGCUAAGAAAUCUUUCACCUGCAGUCAGUGUGGAAAGAGUUUCACACGUAAAUCAAAUCUUAAGCAUCACGUGAGAGUUCAUACUGGAGAGAAACCAUUCACUUGUGACCAAUCUGCACACCUUUAUGAACACAUGGACAUCCACACUGCAGAGAACCAGCACGCAUGCGAUCAGUGCAAUAAAAUGUUUUUAUGGGCUUCAGAUCUUCAGAAACAUUUGAAAGUUCAUUCAAAGGAGAAGACAUAUUCAUGUAAUUUGUGUGGUAAGAGUUUUUUGAGUCUACAAAAUUUGAAAGAACAUCAGAAAAUACAUACUGCUGUGGGAGAGUACAUGUGCUUUGAGUGUGAAAAGACUUUUACUUCAGCAAAUUCUUUAAAACUGCAUGAGAGGAUUCACACUGGAGAAAAACCUUAUAAGUGUCCACACUGUAACAAGCGAUUCAGUGAUUCAAGAGACCUAAAAAGACAUGAGAGGAUCCACACUGGAGAGAAACCUUACAAGUGUUUACAAUGUGACAAGAGAUUCAGUCAGUCAGAAAAUCUGAAAAGACACAAUAGGACCCAUACUGGAGUAAAACCUUACGAGUGUUCACAAUGUAACAAGAGAUUCAGUGAAUCAGUGCAUCUGAAAAGACACUGUAGGAUCCACACUAGCGAAAAACCUCAUAAGUGUUCACACUGUGACGAGAGAUUCAAUGAAAUGGGAGACCUAAAAAGACAUGAGAGGAUCCACACUGGGGUGAAACCUUAUAAGUGUUUACAAUGUGACAAGAGGUUCAGUCAGUCAGCAGCUCUGAAAUCACACGAGAGGAUUCACACUGGAGAGAGACCUUAUAAGUGUUCACACUGUGACAAGAGAUUCAGUGUGUCAUCAACUCUGAAAUCACACGAGAGGAUCCACACUGGAGAGAAACCUUACAAGUGUUCACACUGUGACGAGAGAUUCAGACAGUAUACAUCUCUUAAAACACACGAGAGGAUUCACACUGGAGAGAAACCAUAUCAGUGCACUGCAUGUGGGAAGUUUUUCAUUCAAUCAUCUUCUCUAAACAGUCAUAUGAAAAACAAUCACAGCAAGUCUCCGUACAAACAGAGACAUGUUUAGCUAUAUGCGUAAAAAAAAAAGUGUAUCAUAUAGGCCUUUCAUCCAGACAGAUCGGCCAUUUUGGGAGCCUACUUAUUGCUAAUUGUGAAACCUUUUUUUUACACUGGUUCCCAGAGUGGAUACAUCUGAAAAUGACACAUCCAUAUAUUUUGUGAAAUAAAAUGGUCAUCACCCCACAUCUCUACCUCAACAACAAUAACAGGUGGACUACAUGCUUGUUUUCGUGCUGCAGAAGCCUAUUAGCUUUACUGACUUUUAUUGUUUUUGUGUUGGAGCAUGUGCAUAAACUUUGCUGCACGCUGUAUACAAAACCAAGUCAUCAUCAUCUUUUUUAGAGUAUCUCUGGCAGAAUUACAGCACCGCACAUUGUUUGGCAUGAGAACUACAUUUUGAGUCAGUUUUGUGUGUACACAGAUAUUUCUUGAGACAACGCUGUUUUAUGGAAGAAUGAGAAAUAAAAAGAUUGGAUAUGGAAAGAUCUGUCUUCGUGUGGUUGAGCCUUAAGUAGAUCCUCUUCAGAUGCAGCACUUUUAGAUUAUAUGCUGUGUCCUCAACAAAUAUGACAGAAUUAUUCAUCGAGCAGUAAAAUAUAUUCUGUAUGAAUCUUCCUACAAGCAACAUGACAAAGAAACAUUAUACGAAGUUUUCAUAUUGAAUAAAGUUCAUUUUCAUCUUCAAAACCAGCAGAUUCAACUGAGGGAUUCAGAUCAACUUAAAGUCCCUCCCCCAAGAACAAUGUCAAAACAUUUAAUAAUUAUAUAUUGUUCUUCUCAAGUGAUGAAUAUUCGAUUAGUUGAUUUGAUUAUAGAAUAGCCUGGUUCAACCCCAAAGCCUGGUGCGGUUGACUAAUGUGAUCGCUCAAUUCUGAUUUGUUGACUAUAUCUGUAGAUAUUAACUGUCCAUUUCAACGGAGCGUUGUAACUUUCAGAACGGUUAUGCAAAUACUCACCUCUGACAGUCUUUGCACAGUUCAUUUUACUGAUCUUCUCAGCAAGAUAUUUGCGAACCCUGAAGAGAUGCUUGCUUACGUCCUCUAAGGUGGGACCUUCUUCUUUAAGUCUCUGAGACAGACACUCUGUUUAGCAUACUAAACACACAAUCUAACACAGAAACUGAAU